UUGAUCCCCUUUAGACGAUGUUUUGUUUUAACUAACAAGUCAAAAUAUGAUCUUAUUGUCUCAGAAAACAAACACUUCAUAUCCCACUGGAAUAGGACCAGAUGUGGACAACUUCACAUUCACAUGAAGCAAGUCCAUCUUCAAAGAUUUUCAGUUGCACUGUUGAAUAAAUUCAGUAGAAAAAGCCGGUUUGAACUAUACGUAAAGGUAGAAGAACAAGAGACAUUUCAUGAUGGUUUUCAUGAUGAAUUUAUGUGACGACGUGCACGCACCAUUUGCUACAUCAGUGACGACUGCAUGUCUCUCCUUACUGCUUUGUUGUAUUACAGUUCCAGGAAACAUUCUGAUCUGCAUUGCCAUUUUGAAAGAUCCUUAUCAGGAAUUAUCUAACUCAUUCAACUAUUUUGUCCUCCAACUGGCAUUUAGUGACGUCAUUGUCGGGAUUUUCACCGAACCAGCAUUCGUCGUUUGGCAUAUUCGGGAAGCCCUUGGCCACGGUGUCUCAGGAACGAUAUGGAUUGUUCACUUAACGUUUUUCAUCUCUUGUACAGCUUCACUUCUUAGUCUGACUGCUCUAACUCUUGACAGACAUUUAACAAUCGUGACUAUCAGAAGGAAAUUUUCCACUCGUUCAGUGGUUCUUAUCUGUGCGUUAAUAUGGUUUUUAUCUCUGACGAUACCUCUCGUUUAUUUCGCUACUGGGUUUUACUUGUUUGCGUUUAUAUUCGCAAAUACCGCAGUUAUCACCACAUUUGUGAUUGUCACAUUUUCUUACUGUCAGAUUCAUUACAAGCUAAGAGUUCAGGUGUCUCGUUGGCGUUCAUUUUGUCAAGACCGCAUCGUGUCAAAAGCCAUGGCCAUGGAAAAACAACUUACGCGGUCAUUUAGCUUGAUUUUAAUGUGUUUCAUUUUGUGUUUAAUACCAUCGUGUGUCAUGAUAUACAUGAUAAACCUUUGCAAUGAUUGUGACUGUAUACUUAUCCACUGGCUACGGGAUUUACAGUUCCUUCUGACAUUAGUCAACUGCUCGAUGAAUCAGUUUCUUUAUGCUUGGAGGAUGCCCAACUUUCGAAAGGCAGUAGCUGCUAUCGUUUGUGGUAGGUCAAGUGCACCUCAAAGUGACAUACCUUCAACGCCUCUUACACCAACACUAUCGAGCAAUCGGAGUAGCAGAAAUGAAACGCUGACAGAGGAGUUUACGUCAUCAAUAAGGUACAAGAACACUUCGUAUACUAGAGACGAUAUCGAUGAUGCAGCCAAUGGAAACCUUGUGGAACAGCUUGAAAAUUAUAGGUGCAUAACCUAUGUAUAGAACUACUCAGUUUUUCUCUUAAAUUGACAAUGAUAACCUUAUUAAGGGACCGAUCAUGAUUUGUUACCAAUAUCAUCACAUGAAACUCUGUGAUAUUUUAAUGAUCACCCUUCAUUGGCAGUUAAUUAGCACUCAAUUUUCUAUAUUCCCCCUAUGAAGAAACGGAACACGAAUCUCAGAACUGAACCUUGCGAACCUUCAGAACUCAACACUGCGAACAUUUUAUUACUUUUUAAUUAGAACCGAGCAUAAAACCGAAUACUGCUUAUCUUAUCAAAGGGCGUGUUUAUUUACACACGCAUAGCUUUCAUAUACCAGAAUUGAGUUAAAGCCUUCGAGAGAAGUUGUUUUCCUCGAGAACGGAUAGUUUCUUUUUGACGAGUUAAAAUCUUGGAAUCUUAUAAAUCUAAUUAUCGGAGGAUAUAGCAAAUAAAAACCCCAACACCCCCAUUUAUACUCUGCUGGCGACGACUUAUACCCCCUCCGCUCCCCCUGAAAACCAUGUUAUUUCCCCCCCCCCCCAGGGGAAAAAACCCUUCCCCUCCUCUUACGUGAUAAAUAACGAGUGGUUCUUAAUCUCUUUACUAGCUCUAUAAUAUAUACGUACAAGAUGUGAUCAGCUAAACAAUUUCUCACCAUUUAAAAUUCUAAUUUACUUUCAGCCCUUUAAAAAUUAGAUCUAAUAGAUCGUUAUAAUUGAU